UCAUCUACUCUAUCUUAUUUACUCUUCCCUCGUAUACUCUCUCCUCUCUGCUCUCUCUCUCUCAUUUCAUCUCUAUAUCUCUCCUCUCCCACCUCAAAAUCAUUCCUUGUUAUAGGAAACAAAUAUGGCUGAAACUCUUGGAGAGCCACCCAAAAGUACACCUCCUAUGGAUUCACAUAACUUCCCGUCCAUAAUGUUCUCAUGCUUCCCCAUCACUCUCAAGUUCUUAGACGUGUGCUACCGGGUGAGGGUACAAGACAACGUCUCAACCACGAACCUCACAAAAAUGUUCAAUUUACCGGAUCCUACGCAGACGAGUCAAGAAAAGAUCAUUUUAACCAACAUAACCGGCACGGUUUCUCCCGGAGAAAUCCUGGCCGUUCUCGGCCCAUCAGGGAGCGGCAAAUCAACUCUCCUCAAUGCCCUCGCUGGCAGACUCCACGGCCAAAACCUGACCGGUUCAAUCCUCGCCAACGGUCGAAAACUGACUAAACCGGUCCUCAAACGAACCGGGUUCGUCACCCAAGACGACGUUCUCUACCCUCACCUGACCGUCAAAGAAACCCUAAUCUUCUGCUCCCUCCUCCGCCUCCCGUCCACCCUCUCCAAACCCGAAAAAAUCGCGAUCGCCACAUCAAUCAUCACCGAGCUAGGGCUCGACAAAUGCGAGAACACCCUCAUAGGAAACAGCUUCAUUCGCGGAGUCUCGGGUGGAGAGCGCAAAAGAGUGAGCAUAGCUCAUGAAAUGCUCAUAAACCCUAGCUUAUUAGUCCUCGACGAGCCCACUUCAGGGCUGGACUCCACGGCAGCUCACCGCCUUCUCUCCACGUUAAAAUCCCUAGCGGCGAAGGGGAAGACGGUGGUGACGUCAGUGCAUCAGCCGUCGAGCAGGGUUUAUCAGAUGUUUGAUAAGGUUUUGGUGUUGUCCGAAGGGAGGAGUAUCUAUUUCGGGAAAGGCAGUGAAUCUAUGAAUUAUUUCGAGUCUAUUGGAUUUUCGCCGUCUUUUCCCAUGAAUCCUGCUGAUUUUCUGCUCGACCUCGCUAACGGCGUGUGUCAACUUGAGGGUGCAACAGAGACAGACAAACCAAAUGUAAAACAAGUACUUGUAUCCUCCUACAACAACUUGGUAGCUCCCAGGGUGAAAGCACUUUGCAUGGAAGCCACAAACCUCAUCCCAACAGAGACCAAAAUCCAAUCCACCGGAGUCACUCAAAAUCCGAACCGCAAUGCCUGCUCAACCUGCAUUUCAACUUGGUUCAAUCAAUUCGGCAUUCUCAUGCAACGAAGUUUAAAAGAGCGAAAACACGAAACCCUCAACUCACUCAGGGUUUUCCAGGUGCUUGCAGCUUCAUUGUUAGCUGGUUCAAUGUGGUGGCACUCGGAUUAUCAUGAUGUUCAAGACCGGCUUGGUCUUCUCUUCGUGAUUUCCAUCUUUUGGGGAGUUUUUCCAUCUUUUAACGCGGUGUUUGUGUUCCCACAAGAGCGAGCCAUUUUCAUCAAAGAAAGGGCUUCUGGUAUGUACACAUUGUCAUCCUAUUUCAUGGCACACAUUGUCGGGGAUCUGCCUAUGGAGCUCAUUCUUCCCACAAUGUUUAUCGCGAUAACGUACUGGAUGACCGGAUUGAAACCUGAAGUUGGAGCUUUUCUUCUGACUGUAUUAGUCCUUCUAGGAUAUGUCCUUGUGUCACAAGGGCUAGGCCUUGCUUUCGGAGCAAUAAUCAUGGAUGCUAAACGAGCCUCCACAAUUGUAACCGUCACAAUGCUAGCAUUCGUGUUAACAGGAGGAUACUACGUGCACAAGGUGCCCUCCUGCUUGGCCUGGAUCAAAUACCUUUCCACUACAUUUUAUAGUUAUCGGCUUCUAAUCAACGUCCAAUAUGGACAGGGAAACGAAAUUGCAUCCCUUCUCGGGUGCUCUCAUGGCCACCGAUUUAACAGAGCUAGUUGCAAGUUCAUAGAAGAAGAUAUCGGAAACCAAAUCCACCCUGGUAUGAGCAUUAUGAUAAUGUUUUUCAUGUUCAUAAUGUAUCGGAUGAUCGCAUACUUUGCAUUGAGGAGAAUCACCUCAUGAGGAAAAAUCUGAGCACAUUUUCGCAGUGACUUCGAGUUCUUAUGAUGGGAGGUUGUAGAAUAGGUCAAUUGAUAUAAUUAUACUAACUCAUGUGGUUCAAUGUCAAGUAUCAAAGGACCUACAAUGUAAAGGUAGCUAGAGAGAGUAAGAAUGUUCUUUAAUGUUGCUCAAUGCUUCUGGAAACUGGCAAAAUGAAAAUGUGCAUUUGCCGAUGUUUCAUGACCAAGUUUAUGAGAAUUUAUAUUAAUUCCAUCAAUAAAAUUAUUUAGCAA